AGGUGAACACACGAGGUGCUCAGACACGCUGGCGCCUGGAUAUCACAAGUACACCGAACGUGUGAACAAGCCCAUUGCGACAUCUAUUAACUUCAAUUACAGAGUUAUAAUUCCGCUGAGAGUCGCUUUACUCAUGCAAAUGAGCGGAGAAGCUCCUAUAAAGUUCUGGAGGAACUACAGCUGAUCAAAUUAUUAGAAAGAAACAUCAUGUUCAAGAAGUUCUCCGUGGAGUGGUUAUCCAGAGCUUCCAUGCUCAAGAUCUGGAGCAGGAGAAACGCGUCAAAUUAAUUCCAAGUGCUCCUGAUGCCUUCAGUGACGCUCCUCGAGCAUCUUCAGAAAUGCUUGGAGAAGGAGAAACCAAGGCCCCGUCUUCUCCUACAAACAGCUGUGGCUACACCUCGGCCUCUGAGAGCGACGAGAGCGAAGGAGAAUCCGCGUCGCAGCGGCGCGUCAGAACCAAGUUCAGCUCGGAUCAGAUCUCGCGUCUGGAGAAGACCUUCAGCAAACACAAGUACCUCGGAGCGACUCAGAGACGCAGAACAGCGGAGAAGCUGCAGCUGUCUGAGACACAGGUGAAAACGUGGUUCCAGAACAGAAGGAUGAAGCUGAAACGGGAAGUUCAGGACGCGCGCGCUGCCGAGUUUUUUGUAGUGCUUCCGCCGGCGACGUCAUUUCAGCACCCAGCCGCGAGCGGACAGCACGCACGCCUCUAUUUCCCGCCACAAAUUCCCGCGCGACAAAUCCCGCCACCAAUGCUGUUCCCAUCCUGCUACUUUUAAAACUCCUCAUUGUUUUUUUUAUGUUUUUUUUUUUUUUUUUUUUUUUUUAAUGAUCGAAUAUUUGUAAUCUAUAAUCUUGAUGUAAUAUAAAAAUGUAUAAAAAUCCCCUAAAACAGGGUUUUUAAUAAGUAAAAUAUAGAAGCAAGCACUGUAUGUAGUUCUAUAAACAACCUGUAUAUGUACAUAAAUAUUGCCUUUACAAAUCUGAAAAAUCCUAUAAAAUAAAAAAUGCUUUGAAUCAA